AUGUGGUGCGCAUUUUCGGUUGUCAGACACGCCGAAUGCCUUGCCACGAUCUUGGGUGAGCCCUUUGGUACGCUGAUUCUGACGCUGGCUGUUGUCGGCAUUGAAGUGGCACUGAUCGUGGCGAUCAUGAUUUCCGGCCAGGCAGCGCCAACGAUGGCGCGGGAUACGAUGUUUUCGGUGAUUAUGAUUGUGUUGAACGGGCUGAUCGGGCUGUGCCUUCUGGCAGGUGGACUGCGGCACGGGAACCAGACAUACAAUCUUCAAGGGGCAAAUGCGUUUUUGUCCGUGCUUGUUCCCCUGGCCAUCUUCGCACUGGUGCUGCCCAGGGUCACGCAUUCCGCGCCCGGAGGUGAAUUGUCCCCGCUCCAGGCCGGUUUCGAAGUGAUAAUGUCCAUUUUGCUCUAUGGCGUUUUCCUCGCCAUGCAGACAGUGACGCAUAGUGAUAUCUUCCGUCAGCCCGAUGCGGUCGACGGUGAAGACGGCCAUCAUGGUGUGGUGGUGAGAUCGAUUCCGUUUCACGUAGCGGGGCUGUUCGGCGCCUUGAUACCCAUUAUCUUGUUGUCAAAGAAACUCGCGCUUUACGUUGAGUUCGGAAUAUCCGGAAUUGGCGCACCGUUGGCGCUGAGCGGGUUCAUCGUUGCCGCUCUGGUGCUCAUGCCCGAGGGAAUGAGUGGCUUGCAGUCGGCACUGGAAAACAAGUUGCAGCGAGCCGUGAAUAUCUGCCUCGGGGCAGCUGUUUCGACAAUCGGUCUGACGGUACCGGCCGUGCUUGUCGUCAGCUGGGUCACAGGGCAUACGCUCGAACUGGGCCUCGAAUAUGCGGAUAUUAUCCUCCUUGUCCUGACCUUGUUCGUAAGCUUGCUGACCUUCAGUACGCGGACGACCAGCUAUCUUCAGGGGGCUGUGCAUCUGGCGCUGUUUGCCGCCUAUGUGAUGAUGAUCUUCGAUUUAUCGUGA